GCGAAGAGUCCCGUCCUUUAGUUAAAGUAGUCCAUGGAUAUUCACAGCAGAAGCAGACGACAAGAACACACGUGUUAGUGUAAACAUUUUGUUGAAAUUGUGUAGUUUCAAGUUUGUACAAGAAUUGUGACGAUCCUAUAAAAAAUAAACUGCAAAAUGAGCCAGUCAAAUCUAAACGAUAAAACAACUCUUACUGGAAAGAGAAAAUUGGAGGAUAUGAGCGAAAAUUCUUCUAGUGAUGAAGAUGAAGAGAGCCUUUUUCUUCAACAAGCCAAAGAAGUGUUCUCUCAACAGAGGAAACCAGUCAUUAUUCCCCAAUUUCCAGAAAAUAUGCCUGAUAAAGUAAAUUCUGAUGAAGAUGACGAUGAUGAAAACUUCACAGACGAUGAAAGUCAAUUGAGUAAUGAGGAAACAAGUGAACAAGUUCAAGAAGAAGUUAGUGAAGAAGAACAAGAAGAAGAGAUGGAGAAAAUGGAAGAGAGCAUUGAGCAACUUGCUGCUGGAAGAGAAGAGAAAGAAGAUGCUGAUAUUAUCAUUGCAAUCUGUAAUGCUGCCAAACCGCAAGAGAAAAUCAAACCUCCUGAUUUAAGAAGCUCUGUGAAUUGUAUGGUGACAGACAUAAGCUUUCAUCCAAGCAAAGAACUCAUUGCAAUGUCUAACAUUGAAGGAGAAAUUACAUGCUAUAAAUAUGGAAAUGAAGAAAAUGAAUUGUUGCACACACUUAAUCACCACAAGAAAUCUUGCCGUGUGUUGUCAUUUAAUCAUGAUGGAGCUCUUCUGUUUUCUGCUUCCAAGGAUAAAAGUGUUGUAAUUACCGAUACUGAAACUAUGACAGUUACGCAAUCUUUCCGCAAAGCUCAUGAUUCUCCAAUCUACAGCUUACUUUGUAUGGAUGCAAACAUUUGGGCAUCCGGGGAUGAUGAUGGUGUAGUGAAAGUGUGGGAUAAGCGUCGCGCUAUCCAGAAGCCUGUUGCAGAGUAUAAAGAGAUGGAUGAAUUCGUCAGUUCAAUGAUUACUGAUUCAGGAUCACGGCUCUUAGUAUGUACUAGCGGAGAAGGAACUUUGACUGCAUUUAAUACAAGAGCCAAGAAAAUGGAAGGGCAGUCUGAAGUCUACCCAUCAGAAAUGAACUGUGUGGGUCUCAUUCGACAAGAAACAAAGGUCAUUGCUGGCCUUGGUAACGGGAACAUGUACAUCUUUGAUUGGAAAGCAUUUGGAUACCACAGUGACGCAUUUGGGGAUCAUCCAUCAGCGAUCAACUGCAUGAUUCCCAUCAUGGACAAUAUCGUUAUUACUGGUUGUGAUGAUGGGAAAAUCCGUGCCAUUAGUCUAUUCCCACAUAGGUUCUUGGGGGUAGUAGGUCACCACAAAUUUCCUAUUGAGCGUUUAGACAUUUCAACGUGUGGUCACUACAUAGCAUCUACAUCCCACGACGGACGCGUGCGGUUUUGGAAUAUUUCCUACUUUGAGGAUCCCAAUUUAAAGUUGAUGGAGUCGACCACGAAGAAAUCUGUCCGCAACAAAAAACGUUCGUUACGCAAAGAGAAAUUAGGAUUUCAGCUACCGUCUUCUAAGAGACGGAACAAAGGAGAUUUUUUCGCGGGACUUGCCGAACCUGAGCCUGGACCUGCCGAAGCUGCCGAACCUGAAGCCGAAUCUGAUUCUGAUGCAGCAUCUGAUUCUGACGCUGAAUCUGCUUCUGAAGCAGAGUCGGAAGUAAGUUCAGACAAUGAUGAAUAACCUACAUUUUAACAUCUUUACGUGAAUGGUGUAUUUAAGAAGUCGGGACUAAUACAAUCGCAACGGGCAACGUCUAACUGA